AUGGACCAUGAGUCUCCUUGUGAAGACUCGAAAGAUCUCACUGGCCUCGGGUCCCAAAUGCUUUGCAGCCUCUACAGGUUCAAGGAGAACGAAAAGUUCACCGAGUACCAAUCUGGCUUUUAUGAUGUUUAUGUGUGCCAUGCUCUGGCUGGUGCUUGGGGAGCAGUUAGGCCUCGGACUACUGGCCUGGACGCCAAGGUUACUGCUGCAAACGUUGGUAAGUUCCAACCACAAAAGAAACGGUUUUGGCUACUUGAAAGCCGUGGGGAGUAG